ACUGCACUUAACGAUAUGCUAACACAUUUUACGAUAUUUCAGCCCAUUACUGAACCGGAACAGUUAAGGAAGCUCUUUAUCGGUGGUUUAGACUACCGCACUACUGACGAUGGCUUGAAAGCUCACUUUGAAAAAUGGGGUAACAUCGUCGACGUGGUUGUAAUGAAGGAUCCCAAGACAAAGCGUUCACGAGGUUUUGGUUUUAUUACCUACUCUCAGUCUUAUAUGAUUGACAAUGCCCAAAACGCACGCCCUCAUAAAAUCGAUGGGCGUACAGUAGAACCCAAGCGGGCCGUACCACGCCAAGAAAUUGACAGCCCAAAUGCAGGCGCCACUGUUAAGAAAUUAUUCGUUGGCGGUCUUCGCGACGAUCAUGACGAGGAAUGUUUACGCGAAUAUUUCAAGUCAUAUGGUAACAUUGUUGGAAUAAACAUAGUUGCAGACAAAGAAACUGGGAAGAAACGUGGAUUCGCAUUCAUCGAAUUUGAUGAUUAUGACCCUGUCGACAAAAUUAUUUUGCAAAAAAAUCAUACCAUAAAAAAUAAGGUCCUUGAUGUCAAGAAAGCCAUUGCUAAACAGGAUAUGGAUCGCCAAGGUGGUGGUGGCGGCGGAGGUGGUGGCAGCGGUGGUGGUGGUAGUGGUGGUGGACGUGCCCAAGGCGGCCGUGGUGGCGGACGUGGUGGAGAACGUAGUAGUCAAGGAUGGGGAGGAAACAACAGACAGAAUGGAGGAAAUUGGGGCGGAAGUGGUUUUGGAAACAAUGGGAACUUUGGUGGAAACCAAGGGGGUCCCGGUGGUGGUCCAGGCGGUUGGAAUAAUCAGCCGGCACCUUGGAACAACCCAGCUACAAAUGAUGGCGGGUGGAAUAAUAGUGGCGGAUUUGGUGGGCCGGCUAAUACCUCCAAUAAUGGAUGGAGUAGCAACAAUAGUAGUUUUGGUAGUGAUUACCAACAGGGUUACGGUGGAGGACCCCAGAGGGGGGGUAAUAAUUUUGGAAACCGCGCCGCUCCUUACAAUCAAUACAACAAAGGUGGCAAUACUGGUGGUGGCCAAGGCGGUGGUUUUGGCGGUAACUACAAUAGCGGUGGUGGCCCGGGAGGCGGCAACAUGGGCGGCGGAAACCGAAGAUAUUAAACUUGGAGGUAAAGUACAUAGUACUAUACAGUUUCAAUCAGAGAAAGACAGGCAGUCUAGGCACAGGCAGGCAGGCAGAAAGAGAAUUGAAAUCAGAUGAAAUAAAUAUUGCAGACAACUGCAGUUCAACCGCUAAACUAUCUACAUUUGUAUAGGCAAAUAAGGAAAUUUAUACAGAUAAAAAAUUUAUUUCACAUUCACACGAGUACGAAGGAAACAGAAUACAUAACCGAAUCUUGUAGUGAACGUAUUUUUAAUGUAAUCCACUACAUAAACCAAAACAUGCUAUAGAAUAUCCACAAAGGAAAGAAGUAUGCGAACAAUGCAUACAUUUGAUAAUUUUACAUGUUCUGUGUAUUUAAAAACACCUGUCUUAUCUUUCGGGUCUUUAAUUUAAUUUUACUUGUAAGACAUUUAUAAGUUUUCAUACAAGCAUUUAAUAAUUAAAAGUAUUAAAAAUAAUACAGAGCAACUUUGAGCCAAUUUAGACAAAAAUAAAAAUGAUGGAAAACUAGACCUACUUGACAAACAAAAUGAGUUACCCCAAUAAAUCUAGUUAUAGUUUUAAAUUAUAAACAAAAAUAAAUUAUGUAAGCGUGAAAUCAA